CCUCCGACGAGGACCUUACUCUGCUCCCGUCAGACGACUCAAACCCAUCCUUGGACCUUCACAGGCUUCACCCCAUCAGCGACGGUUUUCUCUUCGAUCCAUCAGUAUUUGUUCUCAAUCGAUCAAUGGCAGACCGUGGUGAAAGAGGUCGGCCGUCCAAAAAGCACAAGUCCUCGUCAAAAGCCGCUCAGGUUGUGGAAGAAGAAGAGCUCUAUUUCGGAGAAGAUUCGGAUGAUGAUAGGCGACGAGGAGAGACGAAGAAGAAUGACUUCACGAAGCUUGAGUUGAAGCCUGAUCACGUAAACAGGCCCCUUUGGGCGUGCGGCGACGGCAGGAUAUUUCUUGAGACGUUUUCUCCUUUGUAUAAACAGGCUUAUGACUUCCUCAUUGCCAUUGCUGAGCCAGUGUGCAGGUGA